CUGCUCCGGGACGUGUUUCAACAGAUGGUGGAGGUUAGAGAGUGUCAUCACAUCGGAGAGAGGAUUAGAGGAGAGAGGUUGUCUCACAGGAGCUGUGUGGUCCUCCUCUCUGCUCUUCAACCCUAAAUCCCAAACGCCGAGACACCAACCCCCGCGGUCUACUACGAGCGGAGGAAGAACCGGGAGAAGAGACGGCCAGAAGAAAACUCGAGAGAGGGAGACAGAAAGAGAGAGAGAGAGAGAGAGAGAGAGAGAGAGAGAGAGAGAGAGAGAGAGAGGAAUCCUCGCCUUCCCACUCACUCAGCCAGCUCUCUGCUCUACUGCCCUCCAGACUCGUCCGCGGCUGUGAGAGCUCCACUGGUGUGAGUGAGCGGCCUGGCUGGACCGCCUCCCCCUCCAUCCAUCUCUCCAUUCAUCCCCUCCGUCUUACCUAUCCCCUCCCGUCUCCUCCAUCUCAGGCGCCAUGCUGGUGCAGUGGCUGGCCUGUUUGGCCCUCUUGUCUCUGGACUGGGCUCCGGGCAGUUCGGCCUUCACCACCACCAGAGCCCAGGGCCUGCGGGGCCGCAUUCAGAGGGACCGCAGGAACAUCCGGCCAAACAUUAUCCUCAUCAUGACAGAUGACCAGGACGUGGAGCUCGGGUCGCUUCAAGUCAUGAAUAAAACUCGCAAGAUCAUGGAGGACGGAGGCACUAGCUUCACCAACGCCUUUGUCACCACGCCGAUGUGCUGCCCGUCACGUUCCUCCAUGCUGACGGGCAAAUAUGUCCACAACCAUAACACCUACACCAACAAUGAGAACUGCUCCUCCCCUUCCUGGCAAGCUCAGCACGAGCCUCGAUCCUUCGCUGUCUACCUCAACAACACCGGCUACAGGACAGCCUUCUUUGGCAAGUACCUCAAUGAAUACAACGGCAGCUACAUCCCGCCUGGGUGGCGCGAGUGGGUCGGGCUGAUCAAAAAUUCCCGAUUCUAUAAUUACACCGUCUGUCGGAACGGCUACAAGGAGAAGCACGGUGCUGAUUAUGCCAAGGACUAUUUUACAGACCUCAUCACCAACGACAGCAUCAACUUCUUCCGCAUGUCCAAGAAAGUGUAUCCGCACCGCCCUGUCAUGAUGGUCAUCAGCCACGCUGCCCCCCACGGCCCGGAGGACUCGGCGCCGCAGUAUUCGGAGCUCUUCCCCAAUGCCUCGCAGCAUAUUACACCAAGUUACAACUACGCCCCCAACAUGGACAAACACUGGAUCAUGCAGUACACAGGUCCUAUGAGACCCAUCCACAUGGAGUUCACCAACUUCCUGCACAGGAAGAGGCUGCAGACCCUCAUGUCUGUGGACGACUCGGUGCAAAAGGUUUACGACAUGCUAAUAGAAACCGGUGAGCUGGACAACACUUACAUCAUUUACACCGCAGACCACGGCUACCACAUUGGUCAGUUUGGGCUGGUCAAGGGCAAGUCCAUGCCCUAUGACUUCGACAUUCGAGUGCCCUUCUUCCUCAGAGGACCCAAUGUGGACCCAGGGGCAAUUAAUCCUCAUUUGGUACUUAACAUUGACCUGGCUCCCACAAUUCUUCACAUCGCCGGGCUGGACACCCCUCCAGACAUGGAUGGAAAGUCCAUCCUUAAGCUGCUGGAGCAGGAGAAGACUGGCAACAGAUUCAAACCCAACCGGAAACCCAAAGUCUGGAGGGACACAUUCCUGGUGGAGCGAGGCAAGAUCCUGCGGAAGAAGGAUGACUCUGCGAGCACACAGCACACUAACAGCCUGCCCAAGUACAAGAAGGUCAAAGAGACCUGCCAGCAGGCCGAAUUCCAGACUCCCUGCGAACAGCCCGGACAGAAGUGGCACUGUGUGGAGGAGAUCACGGGUAAGUGGAGGAUCCAGAAGUGUAAAGGCGGUGGGCCGAGGGAGGGCUCCAGGAAACGGGCCCGCAGCCUGAGGCCUCGCAACAGCUAUGACACCCGGGAGAGAGGCUGCGACUGCAGGGACGGUCUCUACAAAGCCUCCCGGUCGGACCGCCGCUCCCACCGCCAGUUCCCUUCCUCCUCCAGACAACGUUAUCGUCCACGUUUUGUCCACACCCGGUCUGCCAGGUCUCUGUCUGUGGAGUUCGAAGGUCAGAUCUACGACAUCGACUUGCAGGCGGACGACCAGUCGUCCGUCCGGCCGCGUGUCAUCGCCAAGCGCCAUUACGAACCAGGGCAGACUGAGUUUGACCUGGGCACCGAUGAUGGCUCAGAGGAGAUGCUUGCGGAUGACAUCAACGCUGUGGGAUACCCCAACUCUGUCAAAGUCACUCACAAGUGCUACAUCUUGCUGAAUGAUACGGUCCACUGUGAGAGAGAGAUCUACCAGUCCUCCAAAGCCUGGAAAGACCACAAGAGCUACGUGGACCAGGAGAUCGAAGCUCUUCAAGACAAAAUCAAAAACCUGCGGGAGGUGAGAGGUCAUCUUAAGAGGAGGCGACCGGACGAAUGUGACUGUGGAAAGAAGAGCUACUAUAGCAAAGGAGACAGAGACAAGGCAGGGAGAUUGAAGAACAAGAAUGAUCAUCUCCAUCCUUUUAAGGAGGCCCAGCAGGAAGUAGAUGGGAAGACCCAGCUGUACAAUGAGAUCCGGAGAAGGAAGAAGGAGAGGAAGGAGAGGAAGAGGCAGAAAAAAGGAGAUGACUGUAGCCUGCCUGGCCUCACUUGCUUCACCCACAACAACGACCACUGGCAGACUGCCCCCUUCUGGAAUUUGGGUGGUUUCUGUGCGUGCACCAGCUCCAACAACAACACAUACUGGUGCCUGAGGACCAUCAACGAGACCCACAACACACUGUUCUGCGAGUUUGCCACGGGCUUCCUGGAGUAUUUUGACCUCAACAGUGACCCUUACCAGUUGACCAACGCGGUGUACGCUGUGGAUCGAGAGGUGCUGAACGUUCUCCACUCCCAGCUGAUGGAGAUGAGGAGUUGUCAAGGGCACAAGCAGUGUAACCCUCGCCCGAAAGGCCUGGACACAGCACACAACCCAUAUGGGACGGACGACAGGGUUAAGCUGCCUAACUGGACAGGAGAGGAGGUGAACUGGCAGGGACUGGAGGAUCUGUACAGCAUCAACGAGAGCCUGUAUGAGUGCAGGCCCGACCUCAGCCCCAGCCCCGACAACUGGGCCAACUUCCAGAAGGAUGUAGAUAAUAUGUUUGCACUGCGACUCGUUUUAAACAAAUUCAACCGAACCCACAAGCUUGACGACUCCACUCCAGCGGAGCUGGGCUCCGGGGCCGGGGGUGGGGGCCCGGAAGAGGGCAGCGGAGGUGAGUGGACCCCAGCCGGCGACGUCUGGUCAGGACCGGUCAGACCAAACCGGGUCGAGGAGGCUCACCUCAUCAUCCCCGCCCCCAGCACACAGCCGCUAGCACCCCUGCCCAUACCCACGCCAGAAAAGAAACUGGAAUCUGUCAUGAACGACCUUCCUGAGAGGCCCAUGGACAGACGCGGAGCGUCUGCCAUGUCUUCGUCACCAGGAAUGAUUUCACCAUCAUCGUCCUCCUCCUCAUCGCCAUCAUCGGGUUCAAGGAGUGAUGCGUGGGUCCAGCAGCUGGAGGAGAUGGACGGAGAGGGUCCGAUUUUUAGUGGGAACGGGCUGACAGAGCUGGAGACGCGACACGACAUCCUGCUGCGCACUCACAUCAGCCUUCGGGCCCGGCUGGAGCCCGGCCCAGCACACAGAGAGACAACCGGCCCUCAGCACAGCCUCGGCUCGGAGCUUGAGGAAGAGGAGGAGAUCUUCCAGGCCCAGGGCUACCUCCCUCUCUCCCCACAGACGCUGAGGCCCAAAGUGUAUGCCAGUACACCUGGGAUCCCCCCCCCAAUCCUCACCAGCACCACACCCACCCUCACGCAGACUGGCGCCCCCCAGAAUGUAGGGGUGGUACUACAGACACUGCCCCUCGGCCAGGACUAUGAGGGCAGCGGUUCUCUGCCUCGGCCCUCCAGUCAGACCCUCUGAGGCAGAUGUGUGUGCUGGCCGGCCAUUGGGCGGCUGUUUUUGUUUUUCUUCCAUAGAGACACAGACGUCAGGAUGACGAACUUGCCCACAGCAGUGGUGAGUGAUGUCGCCUCAAGUCAGUCAGAGCUGUACUAUGAGUAUUAAAGUUAUUAUUGUUUAUUUUUCUACGGGAACUUCCAUUUAUUGGCAAACAGUGUUAUGUUUUUUGUUUAUUUGUUGUUUUUUUUUUCAAAUUUAUAUUUAGAAAAAAAAAGGCCUUAACGCAGCUAAAAUUAAGAAUUGGAAUUAAAGCUGUUUAAUUCCAGACAGAUAACACCAUUGAUGUUUCUAAUAUAUUAUAUAUAUUUUUAAUGAAAGAUUAUUAGAAUGGUGAAACCAUUUCGAGGUUCGAGUUGAUAACCAGCAUCGGCAAACUUGAGUUACGCUCCAGUCUUGGAACAGACGAGCCAUCCUAAACACGACAGUGCGCUCCAUCAUCAACGCAACU